GGUAAAAUAACAUUCGCGCCUUGCGAGUAUGACUGGAGUCGGUACUAUCGACGCGCUAAGGAAAGAUUUAGAAUUAGCUAAGGAGCAGCUGAAGAUAGUUGACGAUGAUAUCAAAAGAAUCACUGGUCGGGAUCCAUCUGAUAGACGUUUAGGAGAUACAAAUUCUAAACGCAUGCGUACCAAGAAUGUUGGAAAUAAUCCCGCAAGGUUUGUUUCCCAUUUCAUCGCUUAAUGGAAAUAGGUCAGAUACAGUGGAUAAGUUAAGUGAACAAGAAAUGUAAGUUUCUGUUAGGCUGGAUUUAAAUUGUAUUGCUAGCUUUCAGGAUGUGAAAAGACUAAUUGAUGAUGAUUUAAGAGUCUCUGUCGCCUCUUCUGUCGUUCGUGUUGCGGAUACUCGUUCUCGGCAAGAUGCUGCCAAAGAGCUGAAAAAAUCAGACAAGGAAAGAGGACGUCGUAUGCUCGGUAUCCUCCAGGGCACUUUGAAACAAUUCCAAGCUGAAUCCGCAGCAGCAAUCAAAAAGCCGCAGAUGGAAAGACGUCGCUUAGUUGAUGCCAAAUUAGAAGCUCGGGAAAAAGAGGAGAAAGAAAACUUACGUCGUGAACGCGCAGAGCUAUUUCGAGCCCGUCGAGAACAUCAUAUUGAAGUCAGUAUUUUACAACAAAAGAUGCGACUAUUGAAAAAGUUUGAAAUAUGGAAAGAACAGCAGGAGAAGAUGAAAGGUUUUUGUCGUACUUCAAAAUCACCGUUCGUGUUUUAUCGUCCAAAAGUUCAUAAUCAAGAGUCUAAGUGGCGUAUGGAAAUGACAAGCCGAGCUAUUGACACUCUCAUUGCUCGUCGCCGGAAAAAACUUGAAACAGAAUUUGAAGAGACUUUACAAGCACGUCGUCGUUUAACUUCAGGUAUUGUUGAUCCAUCUAAUAAUAAAGUAAAUAAAACUGAUGAGUCAGAGAAGUUUAGUAGAAAUGACGUUGCAGAGGAAAAUGAACGAUGGUCAUCAUUGAAUGAUAUAUCUAUAGAAACCAAGCCUAAAAGUCUUGGCAUUCCUAAGGGUGAACUUCCCGCCUCUAUGUAUACUUCAGGACCUGCGUUAAACACAAGCAAAAACUUAAAUAGUUCUCAUCGUCAAGACUUAGAAGCUGGUGAAUUAUCAGAUGGUAGUGAAACAUUCGCUUUGGGUGAUGAACCUCAACUAAUGGAAGAAGAUCAACAUCAGGCCAUGUAUACUGAGUCUUCAAAUCAUGACCAACAACAAAACACAAGAAAACGGUCUGAUAGUCAUGUAUCACACAACAGUCCGUCAUACGGUCAAAUCAAUUCUAAGCGUAAGUUAUCUACUGCCGAUGAAUCUCAUCCUUCUGGUGAGGCCGUGAUUAGGGCGAAAGAAAAAGCAAAAUCUGAUCCAAUUGAAACUGAUGUAUUUUAAUGUUUAGGGUUUAAGCUGCGCUAAGCUUUUUCCAUCACUUCUUUGUCUUUUACCCUCCCAUACCACUAUUGUUUUUGAAACCAUAUUUCCAGUUUAUUCCUUAUGAGGAAAGAAAUUGUAAUUAAUGUGUAUAUUUAUGUAUGUAUAGCAUAUUCCUCUCUAUCCAUUCUUUCCUGUCGUAAGCAGCGAAUUGUUAUCAUUCAUACUUGAGUCUUUUACCAUGAUCUUUUUUGUAUGUUUGUAUUUCAACACGACGUAAUAUAGUUGCAUAAUUAUCGUGUUCCCCUUUUGUUUUUUUGGAUUGCUCUGAAGAGAUUGUGCUGGUUUGUGUACUGUGUUUGUAACACCCGAAUGACGACUAAAUGGUGGUUUUUCGAUCGUGCUUUGAGUUCUCUUAAGUACGGUUUUUUGUUAAAUUCAAUCCUUUUUUGGAUUGAUUCUAAGUAAACCUAAAACCUGUAAACAAGUAUGAUGAGUAGAUGAAAAAUGUUUAUGUUCCUGGCUGGAUGCUUGAGUUUCAGGUUACCAAAACUAAUUCGCCGAAUAUAUUUAAUCAAAUUUCUCCUUUUUUAUUUGUUGCAACCAUUCAAAUGUCGACAAAUCGUAAAACAUACUCUAACGCACUCUUAAAAUGUCUUCAACCUAUAGUUUGAUGGGUUGGUAAUACGAUUACGAAAAAAUAUCACGGCAGACGGCAGUUGGCUGCUAAUCGAAUGGCACUGUAUCAUAUAGCUACUAUAGGGACACAUCUGGAACAGCAAAUUUUCAUACUGGAUGAUCACCAAACUUCCAUGUGCUUUUCUAUCCGACCCAGGUGGGACAACUUACAA